UGUAAAGUAAAUGUGCAUAUGGCCAAAGGCAUAUAAUUGCAAAUGGUUAGUAAGUGGAAAUUAAAGCAAGAAAAUGUGGUUGGCCAAAUUAUAUGCAUAGAUCAUCAACAUUCAACUACCCUACAAAUAAAAUUCAAAUUAGUUAGUGGUGGUCAAUUGUUAUAAUAUAUAGUACUUUCAACAUCCAAUACAAUGUUUCCUCACCCAAAUCUCACCAAAUUUCUCAUGCAAAUCAUAAUUCAAUGUAGCAUUUAAUUGUGUAAGUAGUAGCUACUUGAAUUUCCCAUAUUACCCCUCUAACCUUUUUGGCUUGUCAUUUUUUUUAGCCACUCAGGAAGAAGCGGCGACUGCGUACGAUAUGGCAGCGAUAGAGUAUCGUGGGCUUAACGCCGUCACCAACUUCGACCUCAGCCGUUACGUCAAAUGGCUUCGACCUCUUGAGAACAAUCCUGACAAUUUCGAAAAUAUCCCUAAUGGUGACACUGAAGUUAGUACGACUAUUCAGGAUCCUGGUCAACAAUUAGGGUUGGACUUGCUGGACCAGCAUCGGGAAAGCCCUAGCCCUACUGAAACCACUGAAAUCUCAGCUUACCCUAGUGGGGCCAAUGCCACAUCAGCUCUGGGGAUUUUGUUGCAAUCUUCCAAGUUCAAGGAAAUGUUGAAGCAAACGGCAACAUGUAGCAACUCAUCUAGCAACUCGGAGCCGGACCCACCUAAGAGCAGUUUUCCCGAUCAUAUUCAAACAUCGUUCGAUAUUCAAGAUUCGAGCAGCUUCGUUGAGGAGCAUGACAUUGUCUUUGGAGACUAUGAUUCAUUCGCGUCGUCAAUGUUCCAUUGUGAGCUUGACACUUAGGACGGAUAAAAUUAAGCAAUGAUUCAUAUUUAUUUGAAAAAAAAAAAAUGAAAAUAUAGAAUUUGAAAUUCAUAUUUAUUAUUUAUUAGAAAGAUCAAAAGAUCAAUUCUUGGGUGAUACUUAGAAAUUUACUUGGAGGAAGAAGUUAGGAUGGAUAAACAAAGAUGAAUAAUUAUAUAUUCAUUUUGAGAUCUUAGAUGUUCUAAUAAAAGUAUUCUUUUUGUUACAAUAAUAUUUUCAAAAUUUUCA